GUCCCUCUCUUCCUUCCUCUAUCUGUCAAAGCUCAAAGACUGGACUGCUUCUUCACUUCCAUUUUAAAUCAUUAAUCAAGAUGGUGAUGAUGAUUCCAUCCAUGGGAGGAAACUACAGAAAAAAAUGGUGAUGAUUAUGGUGGAGAGAAAGAGAGAGGAAGGAGGGAAUGAGUGGAAAGAGAAAGGAAUUGAGGUGUCCACUUUCUCACUCAAGCUGAGGCUCUCUCUGCCUAACUUCAACCAAAACUUUGCUUCAAGG